AUGGCGAUAUUUCUUACAAAAUCACGUGAAAGUCUUCUUCUCGAUUCACAACUUUUCACAAUGUAUACAAUAUGUGCCAGACCGUUGCGUAACUCUGAUAGACAAAUCAUUUGCCUUCAAAACAACGCCUCGUUAGAUGGUUCAAUGACUUCACAUGCUCACGAUACUGCAUCAAUUUGGGAUCCAACAUAUACAUCAACACCUUGGUUAGACGAUUUAUCACCGUUUUCAAAACUCAAUCCUACAACACUUUCAUACGGUGAUUUGGCAGAUACAUUAUCAAGCGAUCUUGAAAGUACAAUAGCAAUAAAUUAUCGUUCAUUACAUGGUUUUAUUAAUCUUUCAUCAAAUUUUGAUUCAACUAGUACUUAUGCUAUGUGA